AUGGCCCUUAUCAAAGAUAUCAACAUGGACAAAACAGAGUGGGAUCUCAAGCUUCGUUUGAUUCGGUGCUACAAUAAAACUUUCAUCAAUGAUAGGAAUUGUGUGUAUGGAUUCGACUGCGUGUUUCAUGAUUCUGAGGGUAUGCGCUUGCACGCUACAAUGAAGAAAAAUAUCAUGAAUCAAUUCAAGCCCAAACUCAAGGAAGGAAAAGUCUACCGUUUGAGGGAUUUCAUUGUUGAGAACAACAGCGGAAAAUAUAAGACUUCAAUUUUUGAGUAUAGAAUUAAGUUUUAUGGCAAGACCAAGUGUACUGAAAUUAAUGAGAGAUCCUUUCCCAAUUUUAUGUUUGAGUUCAAAAGUUUCGAACAGCUCACUUCAGCUACUCAUAUCGAUGAGAAUCAUUUAUUCGAUGUGAUUGGGCGGGUGGUCAGUCGUCAACCUCCGCAGAUCAAAGAAAUUGAUGGCAGAAAUUCACGUUUUGUGGAAGUUGUUCUGGAAGAUUUGAAGUAUAAGCUGGUGCUUGAAGUUUCCGAUUUUUCAUCAAGUGCUUCACUUAUUUGUUGGGAUAAAGAGGCAGAGGCUUUGAUCGGAAAGAGUUGCUACGGUGUUCGUUCUGAAUUUAUUGACCGUGAGCUAGGCAUUAUGCCCACUAACGAACUCCCCGACGAUAUAUACGACCUUAUUGAUAAGAAGAUACUGUUCAAAGUACAAGUGCGCUCUGAUCAGCUCAACAACUACAGUGGGGCUUACAAAGUUGUCGGUGUCAACACUGACCCUUUGCUCAUUGAAAAAUAUGGUUCUCAAACUCAUGAUAUCCACAACCAGUGCCAUAGCGUUAGUCAGCAAGAAUCAGAUUAUAUGUCGAAACUGCAUAGGGAGAUGGAAGGUUCAAAGUCGGAUGAUGAGGUUAGCACGCCCAUUAAAGCGGGAAAGGAUAAAAAAAGAGAAUCUGUUAACUCUAACAAAAAACGGGAAAUGUCUGAAGAUAGGUUGAUUAUCUCGAGUCGUAAGAAGUUGGUGCUUGACGAGAGCGAGGAUCAUGAAUGUGAUAAUGGUGUUGGUAAACGCGUGCUUGCUGUUGUUGGUGAAGGGAUCGAGAAAAGAGGCUCUGCUUAAAUUCGUGUCAGCUAUUAUAUAUAGAUAUAUUCCACAAAUUAUUACCUACUAUUGAAUAAGUGGAUGUCGUUAGACUUUGUCAGCUAUUAUAUAUAGAUAUCUUCCACAAAUUACUACCUACUAUUGAAUAAGUGGAUGUCAUUAGACUUUGUUAUUCGGUUGAAUUAUUUAUUAUGUUC